CCCUGGUGGGAGGGGGCUAGGCCUGUACUGGAAUAAGGUCACUCUGUGCUUCACAGUGUGGCAGAACCUAGAAUGUCCAUUAGCAGGGAAAAAUCUGGGGGGAAUCGGCUUGUGGAAUGGACAAAAACCCCAUCUGAAUUCUCUCACAUUGUCCUUCUCAUCCUGGCAGGCUACAGAAUAAUGUCCAUGUUUCGCUCCAGAUCAUCCCCUCCUCCCAGGGGGAAGGAAAUGGCUGCAGUGGAGCUGGCUCAGGGGCCAGUGACUUUCGAGGAGGUGGCUGUGUAUUUCACCAGGGCAGAGUGGGCUCUGCUGGACCCUGCUCAGAGAGCCCUCUACAGGGACGUCAUGCAGGAGAACUAUGAGACGGUGGCCUUGCUGGGGUUUCCAGUUUCCAAACCUGAUGUGAUCUCGCAGCUGGAACGAGGGGAAGAGCCAUGGGUCCUGGCCCUCCAGGGCUCUGAGAAAGACGUGCUCCCAAGAGCUGCCUUCACAGGUGAUGGGCUGGUGAGUGAGAACGAGGAGGAGAAACCCCAGCAGGAAGAUGCUGAGCAAGUAAAACCACAUGGAAUGUUAUCAGGAAGAUCCAAAGGGAAUGUUUCCGGGAGUUGUGAACUCCCAGAAAAAGCAAAAGCCUGUAAGACUCAGCACAGGCCAGAGGAAAACUUCAGUAGCCACUCAGACCUUAUUGGAAAUGAGAGAAUCAACUUGGAAGAAACACGCUAUACAUGCCAUGAGUGUGGGAAAAGCUUCAAAGUGAGCUCAGACCUUUUCACACAUCAGAGAAUCCACAGAGAAGAGAGACUUUACACAUGCUCUGAGUGCGGGAAAAGCUUCAGUCAGAGCUCAGCCCUUAUCACACAUUGGAGAAUCCACACGGGAGAGACGCCCUACACCUGCUCGGAGUGCGGGAAAAGCUUCAAUCAGAGCUCACACCUUAUCACACACAGGAGAAUUCACACGGGAGAGACGCCCUAUGGAUGUUCGGAGUGCGGGAAAAGCUUCAGUCAGAGCUCAGCCCUUAUCACACAUCAGAGAAUCCACACAGGAGAAACGCCCUACACAUGCUCUGAGUGCGGGAAAAGCUUCAAUCGUAGCUCGGCCCUUAUUAGACAUCGGAGAAUCCAUACGGGAGAGAUGCCCUACACAUGCUCUGAGUGCGGGAAAAGCUUUGGUCAUAGCUCUGCCCUGAUCACACAUCAGAGAACCCACACUGGAGAGACGCCCUAUGCGUGCUCUGAGUGUGGGAAAAGCUUCAGUCAGAGUGCGAACCUUAUUAGGCAUCGGCGAAUCCACACGGGGGAGACGCCCUACACAUGCCCAGAGUGUGGGAAACGCUUCAAUCAGCGCUCAGCCCUUACCACACAUCAGAGAAUCCACACGGGAGAGACGCCCUACACAUGCCCUGAGUGCGGGAAACGCUUCAGUUAUAGCUCAGCCCUCAUCACACACCAGAGAAUCCACACUGGCGAGACGCCCUACACGUGCCCUGAGUGCGGGAAAAGCUUCAAUCGGAGUUCAAACCUUAUCACGCAUCAGAGAAUCCACACCGGCGUGUCAUCCUACAGAUGCUCUGAGUGCGGGAAAAACUUCAGCCAUAGCUCAGCCCUUAUUAGACACAGGAGAAUCCACACGGGAGAGACACCCUACACGUGCUCUGAGUGCGGGAAAAGCUUCAAUCAGAGCUCAAACCUUAUCACACAUUGGCGAAUCCACACUGGAGAGACGCCCUACACGUGCUCUGAGUGCGGCAAAAGCUUCAGUCACAGCUCUGCCCUUAUCACACAUCAGAGAAUCCACACAGGAGAGACGCCCUACACGUGCUCUGAGUGCGGGAAAAGCUUCAGUCAGGGCUCAGCACUUACUAGACAUCAGAAAAGCCACAUGACACAGUACUAUAAUAAAUCCCUUGACUAGGACUAGCCAAAGAUUUUUUUAAAAAAAAUAACAUUUGCUAAUUCCCCCAUAAUGAUUUUUGCACCAUCUUCACCGUGGUCUCUGCUCCACCAAGAGUUGCCUGCUUCUGCCUUUUGCAGCUCACCCUUCUUUGGGGUCAGUCCUGUGAUCUUUUCUAUCAACUCCUUUCCUUUUGAGUCAUAGGAGUGUGUGUCCCUCCAGCCAGGAAUGUUCAUCAGCUCCAGAUGGGAGAGAGAGGUUUGAUCCCAACAAGCUACACUGAGGCAAAAACUACCUGUGCCUUACGUCCACUAGGACUGUAUAUAGCGUUGGCUGCUCAAGUUAGUGAUCUUGGUGUAAAAAGACAAUUUAUAGUUGUAGUUCAGAUGCCACCCAGGUGCAGUGGUUGGCAUUAGCUUUCCCCUUGACCUGACCUAAACUCCAUCACUUUUCCUAGUCUAAACAAACCCUGAGCAUCAUGGUUAUACUGUACCUCCAUUUCAAAGCAAUUGUUAGUCGUUUAUUUCUCCCUUUGGGGGCAAAUUGUCUCCUUCCCAGUUGCUCUCAUGUUGCUUUGGGUUGUGCUGGAGAGCAGAUAUCUCUUCUACCAUUUUCCUCACUUGAAAUAUAUUGAACUAUAACAAAGAGCAGGAACAGAGCUAGGGGAAAAUGUCAUUUUACUUUAGCUUCUGUGUCAACCACAGUGAGUUUAUCCUAUCCAUAUGCUGUCUUCCCACCUCCCACUCCACAUGAUGUGGUGUUCUCUGCUCUCUGUGCUAGGUACCAGACUUUGAUUCUCAAUCAGUCUUGUUGGGGCUGUGGAUUCAAGUAUCACAGAGUUGGAGGGGAGAUUUGAAUGGAUCCCAAACACACGGUAUUCAUUCUGUGUUUCAAUUCCUGUUUUUACCUAUUUGCAAAGCUGCUUCUGACCUUUUUCCUGCUGAUCUGGGAGUUUUGUUUACAGAUGGGAAGGUUGGCUGUUUUUCCCUGUUAUGAUGAUGUGAAAUGUCUUGUAAAGAACAUGACUUAAUAAUAAGGUGAUGCUGUGUGAAGCAGGUUUGAAUACAUCGGAGGAGAAUGAAGUGCAAGAUUCUGUUCUUAUUUUGAGUCAUUAGAUGUAACCUGCUUUGGAAUUUCAUUUUAUAUGAAACUGAAAGUGUCUUAAUUACUCCUGGAGGAAUUUGCGCCACUGCACACGUGCAGAAUUCAUGUCUGGCACAGAAUUCCCACAGGAAUAUCUUACGCUCCUUGGUAUUGCAGGUUUCUCUCUUUCCUGAACACCAUUUGGUUACAUAAUUACAUCUUAGUUUUCUUUGGCAGCAUGUCACUCAGAUUUGUUUCGGACUUUGAGACAAGUGACCAUUUGCUAAAACAGUAAUUUCUUAGGAUAGUUUUUUUCUUUCCCCCUCCCCUCCAUGAUGCCCCGGGGGAAGCUCAAGUGCAGUUAGGUCAUCAGGAGAGAAUACUCCAAUCUGUUGGGCAUGCUACCAAGGAGACAGUAGCACUUUUACUUUCCAUUCUGAAAUGGUGAAAAACAGCAAAUCACAAAUUGUGGAAAUAACUGCAUACGAUCACACUGUUGUUCAAUUGGUUAAGUCAAUAUUUUUUCUAAAGAGCUGAGAAGACUAUUCCCUAGUAAAUAACUUGGAACUAGGUGAAAUACCCAUGUGUUUGGCUCCCAAAGCAGUUGUGGCCCAGGCCCUGCAGGAGGUCACUCCUGGAGAUAUCUCUUUCCUAAUCAGGUGCAUGUUGCCUAUUAUUUGGGAAAUGCAAUCCCUAUGUCGGUAGAAAGGGAGAAAAUGGAUGACAUUUCUGUUGAGCUCACCCUGGGAGAUGCUGCAAAUGUGUAGAAAAUGAAAUCAGUGUUGAGUGUGAUAUACCUGCAGAAAGAUACCUAUUUUAAAUAGAUACCUGACAUUUGGUGUCUUACGGGGAUUCUGAGCCACACCUGUAUUUAGUGCCUAGUUUAAAUUUGUGCCACCAGAUUAAAGAAAGAAAUGGGCAUUUUGGGGGAGUUAUACUUCACUAUUUCAACUUCACAUGCAGUGUUGAUGACAGUGAGAGCAGUUUUGAAGUCAAAACAGGAGUAUGUCAGGGGUGUGUCAUGUCUGAAAUCUUCUUCAACAUU